GGCGCGGGUGCGCGCACCGGCUGCCGGGGGAACGCGCCGCGCUCACGGGCGCAUAUCGGCGCAGAGACGGACGGAGACGCGCCGGGAGCGCAGCGAUGCCCGUGCAGAGCACUCGCACCCAGGACCGCGGAGGAGCCCGCUGGACACGCGAUGAACGAGUGAUGGAACGGAGUUAAUGACGGAUGAAUGAGUGAACGAACGAGUGAGGGGCUUGAAGACACGACGGUGCGCUGCGCUGCCAAGUUGAGUCCUCUUCUUGGACGGACUCUCCAGUCGGACUCGGUCCAGCAUGUCCACCGAACAGGUUUAAAAGCAGACCAGAAGAAAUGGACUCGUUCAACUGGAGCGCUGAGGAGCUGUCCGCAGGUCCAAACUCUUCCUCCUCUUCCUCCUCUUCCUCCUCGCCCGAUGAAGGUCAGUACUCGGUGGUCACUGUGGCCGCACUGGCCGCCCUGGUCACCUUCCUCAUCCUCUUCACGGUGGUGGGCAACGUCCUGGUGGUGCUGGCUGUGCUGACCAGCAGGGCUCUGAAGGCUCCUCAGAACCUCUUCCUGGUGUCUCUGGCCAGCGCCGACAUCCUGGUGGCCGCCCUCGUCAUGCCCUUCUCCCUGGCCAACGAGCUCAUGGGCUACUGGGUCUUCGGCACAGUGUGGUGUGGGAUUUACCUGGCUCUGGACGUGCUCUUCUGCACUUCCUCCAUCGUGCACCUGUGUGCCAUCAGCCUGGACAGGUACUGGUCCGUCACAAAGGCUGUGGAGUACAACCUGAAGAGGACCCCCAGGAGGGUGAAGUGUGUCAUCGUGCUCGUGUGGCUCAUCUCGGCCGCCAUCUCCUCCCCUCCGCUCAUCUCCAUCAAUUGGAAUGGUGAGAAGGUCCCGCACCCCCAGUGUGUCCUCAAUGAUGACACGUGGUACAUCCUGUCCUCCAGCGUUGGCUCCUUCUUUGCCCCGUGUCUCAUCAUGGUCCUCGUCUACAUUAGAAUAUACCAGGUGGCCAAAACGAGGACGAGGAGCAUGUCGGAGAAGAAGCGGGGCUCGGACAGGUCACCGCAGACCGAGAACGGUCUGAGCAAAGGUAGCUCCUUCAUGGUGAACGGCGAGAAGGAGAAUGGCCACUGCGAGUCGGGGCCUGGGGGACGACCACGGGACGUUGAUGACCUGGACCUGGAGGAGACGAGCUCCUCUGAUGGAAAGGGGAAGAAGAUGCCGGGGCAGAGCUCCAGGAGCGAGAGGAGGGGCAGCCGGAAGAGCAGCUCCCUGUCCAAACAGUCGAGCCGCAGGUCCAGGACCAGCACCAAGUCCUUGGAACUGUUCACCUCCAGCAGGAGGAGGAGGAACACGUCGUCUCGCAGGAAGGUCUCGCAGGCCCGGGAGAAGCGGUUCACCUUCGUCCUGGCCGUGGUCAUGGGCGUCUUUGUGGUGUGCUGGUUCCCCUUCUUCUUCAGUUACAGCCUGUACGGUGUGUGCAGACAGUCCUGCCAGAUCCCAGACACGCUCUUCAAGUUCUUCUUCUGGAUCGGCUACUGCAACAGCUCCCUGAACCCGGUCAUCUACACCAUCUUCAACCAGGACUUCCGGAGAGCCUUCCACAAAAUCCUGUGCCGCUCGUGGAGAAAGUCCUUCUGAAGCUCCUGCAGAGAGUGGUGGCGCUCCGAAUCCAGACAAGAGAAGUGUACGUGAACGCCUGAUGCGGGACCUUACAGAUGCACUCUGUUCUCACAUUUAGUGUGGUCAUGUUUGAAGUCCAACUGUGAGAACCGUAACUCCGUGUGCUGUUAUACUCCUGCUGUUAUGGUAAACACACACACUGCACCUGCUCACAUAUACUGCGCUUACAGCAGCACCGUUGGUCCAUCUCUACAGGUGCUGCUGGCUCCCCGGGGGGUGGGGUGGGGCGUGGAUGUGUUACCACUUAGCUCUUCAGCUCUGCUCGUGUGUCUUUGCUACCGGUCCCGCCGAGGGUCGAGAUGCCCACAGCUGGACCGACUUGGACCGAGUUGGUGCUUGGAGUCAGUGUAGUAUCAAAGCUCUGUUUCUAUUUGCAAAAUAUGACAAAUAAAUCUU